UUUGGGAGUUGUAGUACAAACCUGCUCAGCCAUAAGCUUCUUUGGCCGAGACUUUGGGACACUAAAAACUACAAUUCCCGCGGGCAACGCGGCUCUAGCGUCUCGGUUCACCUCCCUCCCCCAUAGUCUCUGUUUAUCCCCCAGCCUCGGUUCUGGUAGCUAGAGUCAAAUCCGCUGUAGUGAUUGAUUCUGAGGGGACCCCGCUCCCAGGCUUGAGUGCACUUUUGCUACUUGGCCUUCCUCCUAGCCCCCGAGCGCGGGGCUUGGGGGCGUGGCAAACCCUGACCCCGCCCCCACCGCUGGGCUGCUGGGGCCUGGUCGCCAUGGCGACGGGCUGUACACUACCACAGCUUCCUAGGCGGCUGGUGCUGGCUGCCCGGCUGCUGGAGAGUCAUGGCCUGCCCUAAGCCGCGGUGCUCCAACUUCACGACCACGUCGAGAACACACCUGCAGUCUUUAGGAGUGAUCACAGAUGACCCCUUCCUCACAGAAACCAAUAAUACCCAGAAACGCAAGCUUUCUCAGAAACGGAAGACUCAGUCUUCCAUUGAUGGCUACCUGUCCCCAUGGCCCACAUACACCAGUGGCCAGACCAUUCUACAUAAUCGAAAGCCCUGUUCGGAUGACUACCGGAGGCGAUCAGGUAGCUGGCAGCAGCAGACCCUGGGCACUACUAAGCCAAGGUAUCUGGAGCAGCUAGAGAACUACCUACGUAAGGAACUCCUUCUGUUAGACCUGAGCACGGACUCUGCCCAGGAGCUGAAGCUGCAGCCUUACAGAGAGAUCUUUGAGUUCUUCAUAGAGGACUUCAAAACGUACAAGCCAUUGCUAUCUUCUAUCAAGAAUGCGUAUGAGGUGAUGCUGGCCCACCAGAGGGAGAAGAUUCGGGCUCUGGAGCCCCUGAAGGCCAAGCUUGUCACUGUGAAUGAAGACUGCAAUGAGAGGAUCCUAGCCAUGAGGGCUGAGGAGAGAUCUGAAAUCUCCAUGCUGAAGAAAGAGAAGAUGAAUUUGCUAAAAAUCAUUGACAAGAAGAAUGAGGAGAAGAUCUCAUUGCAGAGCGAGGUGACCAAACUAAGGAAGACCUUGGCUGAGGAGUACCUACGCUACCUCAGUGAGCGAGAUGCCCGCAAGAUCCUCAUCGCGGACCUGAAUGAGCUACGGUACCAGCGGGAAGACAUGUCACUAGCCCAGUCCCCAGGCAUCUGGGGGGAAGACCCUGUGAAGUUAACGGUGGCUCUGAAGAUGGCCCGGCAAGACCUGGCCCGCACGCAGAUGGAACUCAACACCAUGAAGGCCAACUUUGGCGACGUGGUGCCCAGGAGGGACUUUGAAAUGCAAGAGAAGACCAACAAGGAUUUGCAGGAGCAGCUGGACAGCCUGAGAGACGACUACAAAGAAGUCUGUAAGGAGCAUGAGAUGCUGCUGCAGUUGCACAUGAGCACGCUGAAGGAGCGGGACCAGUAUCAUUCUGAGUUACAGGAGAUCCAGCGCACCUCCACACCACGGCCUGACUGGGCCAAGUGUGAAGAUGUGGUGGCUGGGGGCCCAGAUCGCUGGCACAUGCUGGCUGAGGGCAAGAACAGCGACCAGCUGGUGGAUGUGCUCCUGGAGGAGAUUGGUGUGGGCCUGCUACAGGAGAAAGACUUCUUCCCUGGUCUGGGCUAUGAAGAAUCCAUCCCCCCUUUCCUUCGGUUUGAAGGUGUUGUGGAGAACAAGAAGCCAACCAAGAAGGAUGUCAUAAACCUCCUUAAGGAUGCCUGGAAAGAACGUCUCGCUGAGGAGCAGAAAGAGAAGUUCCAAGAUUUCUUUCUCAAUUUCCUGGAGCGUCGUUUUGGGCCUGCUGAUGCCAUGGCCUGGGCUUACACCAUUUUUGAAAAUAUUAAGCUCUUCCGCUCCAAUGAGGUCAUGAGUCAGUUCUAUGCAGUCUUGAUGGGAAAGUGGAACGAAAGUGUGUACAUCAAGCAGAAGGAAACAGUAACACAGCUGCUGAAGGAGAUGACAAAUGUUGACAGUCAGAACGAGGGGCUGCUAACCAUGGAGCAGUUAAGCACUGUCCUCAAGAGCACCUUUCCCUUUAAGAAGGAAGAGAAAAUUCAAGAGCUAAUGGAGGCAGGGGGCUGGCAUCCGAGCAGCAGCAAUGCAGACUUGCUCAACUACCGCUCAUUGUUUGCGGAGGAUGAAGAGGGCCAAAGUAGGCCUUUUGUGCAACAGCUAUGGGAACAGUACUUGGAAGAAAAGGAUGAUUACUUACAGGAACUAAAGCAGGAGCUGGGCCUUGAACUCCGUGAAAAGGUGACCCUACCCAAGGUACGUGAGGCCCUGAUGACCAUAGAUCCCAAACUGGACAAGCAGACCCUGAACAGCUAUUUGAGCCAGGCCUUCCAGCUCCCUGUGACAGAACUGCCAGAGGAGGCUGAGGAAAAGACAGAGGACAUUGUGAUACAGCUCCAGACUGCCCUGGAACGGCUUCAGAUGGCCGACAUCAGGCGCAUGGGGCCUCGAGAGCAGGAGCCUGUAAGCUAGAGCCACUGUGGGCAGCAAACCCUUGAUUUUUAGUAUAAAAUUGUUUGUCUGAGUCCAUGCUAUUCUCCUGAUUAUGCAAAGGAGGGGGCUAGUCCCUGCCUGGCUGGCCCCAGGACAUGUACCGAAACACAACAUAUUCUGUUU